AUGGAGGCAACCGAUCCUGGCCUAGAACGGGCCGUUUCUCGUGUUCCGACUCUCUCCAAAAAGCGUGCUUAUGCAUUUAUUACUGUUGUUGUACUUACGCAACUCGUCCAGAUGAUGGAUUUUGGCAGUGGUAUAGUCAGCGCGAGCAUCAUUGGCAAUAUUCUCGGCGUGACGCCAGCCCAAGCCGCUUGGAUCGCCUCUUCAUAUCCUCUUACUCAGGGUUCAUUCGUUCUCGUUAGUGGCAGACUCGGUGCAGUAUUUGGGCAUAAGAAGCUCUUGACGAUUGGGUGUGCAUGGUGGGUAUUUUGGAAUAUGGCCACGGCCGCUUACGGAGGCACCAUCAUUAGCAUCAGCAUCAUGAGAGCUCUGGCCGGGAUCGGCGGUGGGCUGAUUGUGCCGAAUGCUGUGGCGCUGUUAACUAUUGCUUUUCCUCCAGGCCGACAGAGAAAUCUAUCCCUUGCUCUGUUUGCCUCUAUGGGCCCGGUGGGCGGAGCAGGAGGCUGUGUUAUUGUCGGUAUUUUCAUACAAUGGCUUCAUUGGACCUGGCUCUUUUUCUUUCUUGCAACUCUCGGGCUCGUCGUGUAUGGAAUCGCCAUUCUUAUCAUAGAAGAAGAUCUCCCUCUAGACCCCACAGGCUCUAUCGAUUGGGUUGGGUCUUACUUGGCACUUGGCGGACUUAUCUUGUUCAAUAUUGUUUGGAAUCAAGCACCUGUAGUCGGUUGGGAUGAGCCCUACGAGUACAUUCUGCUCAUCAUCGCCGUGCUUCACUUUGCAUUAUUUAUACUUUGGGAAGCCAAAUAUGCUCCAGUUCCCAUACUACCAGUUGACAUUUGGAGGGCGCCGUCAUUCAGUGCCAUUGUUGUGGUUCUAUUCCUCAUCUUCAUGAGUCUUGGAAUUUAUCUUUGGUACGUAGUUGUCUUCCUUCUCAACAUCCGCCACUACUCGGCUGUUAUCCUGGGCUGUGUGUGGAUACCAAUGGCUAUCUGCGGCGUUGGUGCAGCAUUUUUGGCAGCAUGGGCUGUACCUAGAAUGCCCGCCCAGUUCCUUGUCGCAGCCGGGUGUGUAGGGGCAGCAGGGACAAAUAUCCUCCUCGCAACAACGCCAGUGCACCAGACUUAUUGGGCCAUGAUCUUUCCUGCAAUGAUCCUCGUGGCCUUUACUGGGGACAUGGUAUUCGCGGCAGGCCAAAUCAUUGCAAGCAGUGGUGUAUCAAGGCGUCAUCAGGGCGCGGCAGGCUCACUUAUUGGUAUGCUUUUCACCUAUGGAAUGAGCACUGGUCUGGGAUUCGCUGGGACUGUUGAACGAUAUGUUGACCCGGACGCCACGAACCUGUUGAAGGGAUACCGAGCUGCAGCAUACCUGGCUAUUGGAUUUGCUGUUGGUGGUCUCAUCAUUGAUCUUAUAUUUGUUCGAAUGAAGAAGAACACGACCGAAGGCUGGCAGGGUGAGGAUGCUGAAUUGAAUGCCUAA